GCGUGACUCCCGGCACAGCCGCUCAUCCGGCUUUAUUUCAUCGCGAUCGUUCAUUCAAAUGUGGUUGAAUGUGGUGAAGAAAGAGGUGGAGAGUUAGGAGUCCGCUGGGUAGAAAAAGAGGAGAAACUGCAACGACUCUCGUCGCCGUUUCUGCCGAUUUUCGCCCGACUGCUCGCGCGUUUUCCGUAUGUACGCACGUGCGACAUCGAUUCCUCGCGGGUCACCGAUGGAGAAGCGUCCUCCGUUUCUGCGUGCCGCCGAUUGAUCGUCGAACUCCCAGGUUGUCGUCGGCGUCCGCGCCGCGCGAUGUUGCGCGCGGCAGGUUAACCGUAAACGGCGCACGUUCGGUUCGUCGAAUUACGGCGAUCGGCAUCGGACAGUCAACACGCGACAGUUUGCACGAUCGGAACGAGGAUGAACACGCCGCAGUCGAACAAGAAGAAUAAGAAGAUCGGGAGGAACAGAAUAGGGGUACUCAACGAGACCGCGAGUCCCACGAGCACGGAGACGCUCAGCAGCCAAGAGGCGGCGAAGUUUGUUUUGGUAAACCCUAUAGGAGAAGAUGGAAAUAAAUCAAUCAAGUUGGCUAUCUCAGAUGGAAUUCCUAUAAUUUCCAUGGAUGCAAGUAUGUCGGAUGAAAAGUUGCAAAAAAAUAACACAGCGUCACUGGAAAAGGAGAAGGAAGACAAGAACAUUCUUAACUCUUUACCUAUUGCCACAGUUAAGGAAAUAGAAGGCUACGAGAAUCAAUUAGGAGAAGCUGAGCCACUUCCAAAUUCUUAUAUUAGAUUUAUGGAGCGCAGUGGCGAAGAACUUGAUGGAGAAGUAGAAUAUGACCUAGAUGAGGAAGACACCGCAUGGCUUUCUAUUGUGAACGAAAGAAGAUUGGCGUCUGGAUUAACGCCUGCGUUAGAACCUGAUACAUUUGAGCUGUUGAUGGACAGACUAGAGAAAGAGUCGUAUUUUCAACAACAAAGUAACGGCGGCAGUGGCGUUGCUGCAGACGAAGACGCAGUCUGUUGCAUUUGCAUGGACGGAGAAUGUCAGAAUAGUAAUGCAAUCCUGUUCUGUGAUAUGUGUAAUCUUGCUGUUCAUCAAGAUUGUUACGGUGUGCCGUACAUACCUGAGGGCCAAUGGUUGUGUAGAAGGUGUCUACAGAGUCCAUCCAGGGCUGUAGAUUGUGUCCUUUGUCCGAACAGAGGCGGCGCUUUCAAACAGACUGAUCGUCCUGCGACGUGGGCUCACGUAGUAUGCGCUCUAUGGAUACCAGAAGUAAGAUUCGCUAACACAGUGUUUUUGGAGCCCAUCGACAGUGUAGAGAGUAUACCGCAAGCUCGUUGGAAGCUCACGUGUUCUGUAUGUAAGCGCAAAGGUGCCGGCGCAUGCAUUCAGUGUCACAAGAGCAAUUGUUACUCAGCAUUCCAUGUAACUUGUGCUCAACAAGCUGGCCUAUGCAUGCGUAUGAGAACAGUACAACCUGCUAACGGUGAACCGAUGCUGGUGCAAAAGACAGCUUAUUGCGAAACUCAUACACCCGUCGAUUAUCAGCCUUCCACGAAUCCCGUGGAUGCGCGAAGGAGAGCAAUAGCCAACAAGAAAAGUUCAUCAGCACCUGUUAUUUCUAUUCCCACCAUUCCACCUGAAAGGAUCAGAGAAAUUGCCAAUUUGGCGGAAGGAAUACCAAAAAGAAGUCAAUUGAUACAACGUCUCAUUGCUUAUUGGACACUGAAGCGGCAAUACAGAAAUGGUGUUCCACUUCUUAGAAGAUUGCAAAGUUCCCAUCCACAAUCUAGACCACCUCCGCUCGGAGAACAUCCCUCUUCGCCGACGCAUGAUAGUGAAUUGCGAGAAGAAUUAUAUCGUCAGCUUAAAUAUUGGCAAUGUUUACGUCAAGAUUUGGAACGUGCGCGAUUACUAUGUGAAUUAGUACGGAAGCGCGAAAAAUUAAAAAAAGAACUGUUCAAAGUGAAAGAAAAGUGUUUAUGGCUCAAAUUGCGGCCAUUGGACAGUGUUUUACGUACAUUGUUAGAAGCUAUGAAAGCGAAAGAUGUAAAUGAUGUGUUUGGACAACCAGUCAAUACCAAAGAAGUUCCGGAUUAUCUCGAUAUAGUGUCAAAACCCAUGGAUCUCUCUACUAUGCAGGCAAAAUUAGAAAAGCAAGAUUAUGAUUCCAUCGCGGCGUUUGAAGCUGAUUUCAAUUUAAUGGUGACGAACUGCCUGGAAUAUAAUCGGAAAGAUACCAUGUUUUAUCGAGCAGGAAUGAAAAUGAAGGAACAAGGUGGAAUCUUGAUAGAACAGAUUCGCAAAGAUUAUCCUGAGCUCGAUCCGGCCUCUGAAUCGGAACAAGUCGGUUCUAAAUCUAGAAAAAGAGAAAGAUCGAAUCGUAAUCGCGUGGAAACGGAAUCGCAGUCCAGUGAGAAGGAGAUUGGUGGAGGUGUAAACAGAAGAACAGCGGUGUUGUUCACUCGCAAAGCUAGAGCGCGUAAUGCUAAAAGCGGCCAAAUGUUUCUUACGGAGGAUGAUAAAAAGAAGCAAAGUGAUAGUUUUAAAAUAUAUAGGAGUGGAGCAACGGAUAGCGAUAUGGGUGAGGGAGAGAGCCAAUCAUCAAGCUGUAGUAGUUGCCCCACGAGUAGAUCUACUACUCCUGGUCCAGAAGAGGAGAAGCAACGACAAGAGAUUGCUGAUACAAAAAAAGAAAACGAAACUAAACAAACGAGCACUGGUAGCGGGUUAGAAGCUUUGCAGCUCGUAUGGGCUAAAUGUCGUGGAUAUCCUUGGUAUCCGGCUCUGAUCAUUGAUCCUAGUACACCUCGGGGCACUAUACAUAAAGGGGUUCCAAUACCAGCACCGCCUGAUGAUGUUCUGGCACUUGCAGACAAUUACAAGGAGCCAGUUUUCCUUGUACUUUUCUUUGACACAAAGCGUACAUGGCAAUGGCUGCCAGGCGAGAAAUUAGAAAAACUUGGAGUAUCGCAGGAAGUUGACGAAGCGAAAUUGAUCGAAUCGCGUAAACCUACGGAUAGAAAAGCCGUAAAGAAAGCUUAUCAAGAUGCUUUACAUUACCGCAAACAAACACAUAACGCGGUAUUAGACAAUACAUCCACUGGAUAAAUGUUGUAAAUAUAAUAUAUAUAUAGAAUAUGAUAAAAUAUGUAAGUAAUCUGAAAGAACUUCUUAGUUAAAUAACACAAGGCUGCAAAUUUUGACUUUUUCUCUGCGUUCUGGAAAAGAACGGUGGUUUCUUAUAUAGUUUUUUGUGGGCUGAAUUUGAAUCCGUAAGCAAAAAUGUCCUAUCACGUCAAGUUAGCGAGAAAAAUGAAGUUAACUCCCCACCUCUAAAAAAAAGGUGAUUUUGACCAUUUUUGAAGAUUUGUAACUAGCGAACCCGAUAUGUGAAAGACUUUUUAAAUGUCUUAAAUUAAAGUUUGAACAUUGUAGUUUAAUAUGAGAAUGUCAAAUCUUUUAACACAGGCACCAUCAAACCUCAGGCGCAUUUUGUAAAGAUACGCUUCGAGCGCACGCGUACGUGCCUGCUUUUGAUGAGCGUAUCCCCAUCUUUCAGGUGGGCCGGUUUUUCAUUCUAGUAUCUGACGAGGAUUUUUUGGAGGUUUAAUUGAUUUUUUGCGUAUAUAACUGGGGACGAAAGGAUCUAUGAGCGUAUGACGUUUCUUUUAUAUUUUCCAACAGAAGCAAUCAUUGUUUACACAAAUGAAAUAAAUAUCUUUUUACAAAGUAUGAUGUUUUAUUUCCAUGUAUUAAAUUCUAUUGAAAAUUUUACUUUUUACAAUGGUUUUGCAGAGGUGUGGAAUAAACCGUACACCAACCUUUAAAAAUAAAGCACCUAAGGUUUGAGUGUGUCUAAAAAAUUUGAUAUUCUCGUAUUAAAGUACAAUGUUUAAGUUUUAAUUUAAGACAUAUUAAAAGUCUUUUUGCACAUUGAGUUUGUCAGCUAACGAAUCUUGAAAAAUGAUGUAAAACGCGUUUUUAAGAGACUUUAACUCUAUUUUUCUCGCAAUACUGACGUGAUAUGACACUUUUGCUUACGGAUUCGGAUUCAGCGCACAUAAAACUAUAAGAAAUCACCGUUCGCAAAAUCACGCAGACUUGUGUAAUUUAUGAAUUAGGUAAUAUAUUAUAUUAAAAUAUAUUAUAUCUUAUAUAUAUAGAUAAUAUUUAAUAUACAGGAUAAUAAUAUAUAAGAAAAUAAUGAUACAACUGUGUAAUUGAUACAGUAAUCUUUCUUGUAAAAUAUAUAUACAGAAUAUUGCAAAUCUAAUUGAUUUGAUAAUUGAUUUGAAUACUGAGUCCACAUAAUAAUAGUACCAAUAUUUCUGAGAAA